AUGAGUUUUGAAUUUGCCCUCUGAAAAUCACUUAUCAUUCUCCGUCAUUCCUCCCGACUUUGAAACUGCAACCUUAAGGACGGAAAAGAAGCGUAUAUAUUCACUGGACCUUCCGUCACUUCGAUAUUGCACUCUCUCGUAUGGGAACUUCGUGGUUACGAACCAUGGCAGCUCUACAUGUUUGUUUGGCUUUUCUAUUACUUCUCACAAGUUCUGCUGUGGCAUAUCGGCGGCCGCUGGGGGAUUUUAUAAACCACUACGAAACCCUGAAUUAUGACACAGCUCGAGUUGUUCGGCAGCACAGUCGUGUGAGGCGUUCAAGUCCAAACAGCGAUCAUGUCGUUGAAUUACACUUAAAAACCGAACAGAGUAAACCUAGACACAAGAAUUCUCUUGUUCAUGGUUUUAUUUCUGAUGAUGGCGUCUUUGAGGGUAAAAUUCAUGUAGGAAAUGACAAGUAUUUUGUUGAGUCAGCCAAGGAAUAUUUCAAGGAUGAGCCUAAUGACUUCCACUCAGUUAUUUAUGAGAGCAGAGAUGUGAAUUAUCCACAUGCUUAUGGUCCAGGUUGUGGAGUAUCUGAGAAAACCAAGAAGUGGAUGGAUAAAGUUAAAAGAAUCAAAAUCAAAAUCAGCAUCCUUUCCUAUUCAAACAAAGAGAAAAAUUUGUCUUUGCAGCUUUCAUUAAAAAAUGUUUGCCUUGCUUUGCAGGCUGAUCAUUUGUUCACAGCAAAUAUGGCUGAUGGGAAUAAGGAGAGAGCAAUGUUACUGAUGGCUGAUCAUGUCAAGGCUGCAAAUUCUAUUUUCAAAAAUACAGACUUUAGUGGAAAUGAUAAAGCUGAUGGCAUUCAGUUUCAAAUCCAGAGAAUGUUGGCCAAUGGAACUGCUGAAGCCAAUGAUGGAAGGAACCCUUACAGAGACAGCAACAUUGGAGUGGAAAAGCUCCUUGAGCUGAACUCUGAGGAGAUACAUGAUGAUGUGUGCCUGUCAUACAUUUUUACUUACAGAGAUUUUGCAGAUGGUGUGUUAGGACUUGCAUGGGUUGGUGAAGCAGGUGGAGCUGCAGGUGGGAUUUGUGAAACGGCAACUUCAUUUAGAGAUGGCAAAACAAAAAGUUUGAACACUGGAGUUGUCACAUUUGUCAAUUACAACAAGAAAGUGUUACGAAAGGUGUCUGAGAUUACCUUUGCACAUGAAGCUGGACAUAACUUUGGCUCACCGCAUGACAAUUCUCCUGAAUGCGCCCCAGGGGGAACUGAUGGGAAUUACAUCAUGUUUGCAAGAGCCACGAGUGGAGAUCAAAAGAACAACAGACUUUUUUCACCAUGCAGCAGGACAAAAAUGAAUGAAGUGAUGGAUGUCAAGGGGCGGUGUACUUCAAAUAGCUGUUGCUUUAGAGAUGCUCAAGGAGCCAUCUGUGGCAACAUGGUUACAGAGGCUGGGGAGGAGUGUGACUGUGGUUAUAAAACUGAUGAGUCAUGUAAGAAGGACACGUGUUGUGUGGGCCGUGACGUUAAUAGUGAAGGAAGUGGCUGUAAACGCAGAUAUAAUGCAACAUGCAGCCCAAGCCAAGGUCUUUGCUGCAGUUAUGAUUGUGUUCCACAUCAACAAAGUGUCUUGUGUCUUAAUGAAACUGAGUGCGCCAACACCUCAUAUUGCAAUGGAAUUAAUGCUACCUGUCCUGUUCCGGCACCUAAAGCCAAUUUCACCUCUUGUAAUGAAGGAAGACAAGUUUGCAUUCAGGGAGAAUGCAGCGGUUCAAUUUGCUUAAAGUUCAAUAAGUUGGAGUGCCAGUGUGCACAAGAAAAUCAUCUCUGUGAUUUGUGCUGCAAAGACGGCGAGGAAGGCAAAUGCUUGCCGGCCAGUGAGAUUAAGGAGAUGAAGGAAGAAAAAAAUCUGAAACAAUUUCCCGGCGCGCCGUGCAACGACUUCAAUGGCUACUGUGAUGUUUUCCUCAAGUGUCGCGCAGUGGACGCAGACGGACCGUUGUCACGUCUGAAGAACAAGUUUUUCAGCAAGGAGGCCAUCAAGGGAUACUUAGAAUGGAUCAAGGAGUACUGGUGGGCUGUGGUGCUCAUGGGUGUCGGCCUCAUUCUGCUCAUGGCAGGCUUCAUCAAGUUGUGCAGCGUUCACACGCCGAGCAGUAACCCGAACCGAAAGCCAGCUCGCCAGCUCACACUCCGCCGUCAGCCAGCACGUGGCCGGCCUAACCAGAGAGGUCGACAGAUGCAGCAAGGGAACCGAGGGAACCCUCAAUACGAUGAUCCGCCGCCGUACCCCGGGGCCCCCAUGCAAAUGCAUGGACGUUGACACGGUUUUUGUGGUGGUUGGAUUAGUAUUAGCUAAUUUGAUGUUUAUUUGCAUAAUUUAAAAAAUGGGCCAAGUAUUUUUGUCGUUCAAUUCAUGUCCAGCGUUUGCUCGAGCUUUAGUCAUAGUUAGUCCCUUCCCUUCACCUUUUUUUUUUUUUGAAAUGACACGCAAUUCCAAUUUGUAAUGUUGCUUCCUGUUCACUCAAGUAACACAGAGAUCAGGAUUCACCCAGACCUUUCACCCCUGAUAGAAGAGCUGUAUUUUAAUUGUGAACUUGAAUCAGUGCCAACGACAAUAAUCGCUGCAGUUGUUAUGUGCACCGGCAUCGAUAUAUGAUAUCGGAGAAGAGACAUCCUUGCAUGUCUUUGCGUCAUGAAGGUUUGGUUUAUUGUCCUUGAAUAUUAUGAUUAUUUUCAUUUUCAUUUUAUUGUCUUUCCCAAGACUUGAAAGGAAAGCUACCUAUAUCAAAGGUUUGGAAAGUAGAGAAAAAUUAGUCUUUAAAGAAUUUAGAAAAAAACAAGAGAUUACAUGACCGUUUUAGCUUGAAAUUGAAGAACAUUAGGCUUUUGCGUAAUGAGCUACUUCGGAAUCAGUUGAGUUUCCAGACGUGUGGUGUACUUGUACAUUUGUAGCUUUUUUUAGUCGAGGGGAGAAAUCCCUUUGUUAUUGUUGUUGAAUUGUUUAGGGUGGGGUGGGCUGGUGAACAGUUCAAUAACAUUGGAAUUUAUUUUGAUGUACAGAUCAGUAUAUCGCUUUUUAACGCGUGCAAGUUUUGUAGCUACGGACAUUCCAGAGAUUUGUUGAAUUUAAUUGUUCAAUUUAUUGCAAAAAAACAAACAAACAAGCAACCAUUAACAUACAGAAUGCAAAGCCAACAGUAGUUAUACAAGAUAGUUUUCAAUGUUCAAAAUAAGGAAGGAAACCUGUCAGGGAUUUUUGUGAACUUAAAGUCCUAGCGUCACUUAAGAAGCUGUUAUUUAAUUUUAAUAAGAAGUUUAAUUCAGGUAUUAUGAGAUAUUUCUUUAUUAAUCUACUAUUUUGACUUGGUUGUUUGACUUGGGAAUGUCUGUGAUUGGAUCUUGUUUCAGUUUACCAACAUUGGGCCCAAGCGAAAGUGCUGUCAUUCAACUCUCUUAGUGUCGCUCAGCGCGGUUAGAAUUACUUAAUCCAUUCUAAUACUGCCAUUUAAAGAAAUUUGGCGCUGGUUGGUCUUAAUCGCUUUUAAAUAGUAUCAACAAAUAUAUUAAAUGUUCCUUCGAAUUUUA